AGUUUCGCAUCUCCUAGCCCGACGUCCCGCUAUAAUCACGUGAUUGCCUCAUCCGGGUCCUUUGCGUUCUCUCUCCCUCUCCCAACAUGGCGGCCUCAGCAAAAAAGAAGAAUAAGAAGGGGAAAACUAUCUCCCUAACAGACUUCCUGGCUGAGGAUGGAGGGACUGGGGGAGGAAGCACCUAUGUUCCCAAACCAGUCAGCUGGGCUGAUGAAACAGAUGACCUGGAAGGAGAUGUUUCAACCACUUGGCACAGUAAUGAUGACGACGUGUACAGGGCACCUCCAAUUGACCGUUCUAUCCUGCCCACUGCUCCACGGGCUGCUCGGCUGAGCCACCCAGACACCCCAGUUCUUGUGUAUUCUUCAGAGAAAUUCACUGCAUAUGCACUGGUUGGGGAGGGGAGGUGGGGAAAGACAAAUGAACAAGAACACUCAAUAGGGAAAUAUGUUUCUUUACUCCUUCAGAUCAGUGCAGUGCGUUUACCACGUGAACCCAGCAAUCCAGAGAGGUUGAAAGGUUUUGGUUAUGCUGAGUUUGAGGACCUGGAUUCUUUGCUCAGUGCCCUGAGCCUCAACGAAGAGUCUCUAGGUAACAGGAGAAUUCGAGUGGACGUUGCUGAUCAAGCACAGGAUAAAGACAGGGAUGAUCGUUCUUUUGGCCGAGAUAGAAAUCGGGAUUCUGACAAAACAGAUACAGACUGGAGGGCCCGUCCUGCCACAGACAGCUUCGAUGACUACCCACCGAGGAGAGGUGAUGAUAGCUUUGGAGACAAGUAUCGAGAUCGUUAUGAUUCAGACCGAUACCGUGAUGGGUAUCGGGACGGGUAUCGUGAUGGCCCACGCCGAGAUAUGGAUCGAUAUGGGGGCCGGGAUCGCUAUGAUGACCGAGGCAGCAGGGACUACGACAGAGGCUACGAUUCCAGGAUAGGCAGUGGCAGAAGAGCAUUUGGCAGUGGGUACCGUAGGGAUGAUGACUACAGAGGAGGUGGGGACCGCUAUGAAGACAGAUACGACAGACGAGACAAUCGGUCAUGGAGCUCCAGAGAUGAUUACUCUCGGGAUGACUAUAGGCGUGAUGAUAGAGGUCCCCCGCAAAGACCCAAACUGAAUCUAAAGCCUCGGAGUACUCCUAAGGAAGAUGAUUCCUCUGCUAGCACCUCCCAGUCCAGUCGAGCGGCCUCUAUCUUUGGAGGGGCAAAGCCUGUUGACACAGCUGCUAGAGAGCGAGAAGUAGAAGAGCGGCUGCAGAAGGAGCAGGAGAAGCUGCAGCGCCAGCUGGAUGAGCCAAAACUAGAACGCCGGCCCCGGGAGAGACACCCCAGCUGGCGAAGUGAAGAGACUCAGGAACGGGAACGGUCCAGGACAGGAAGUGAGUCAUCACAGACUGGAACCUCGGCCACAUCUGGCAGAAAUGCACGAAGGAGAGAGAGUGAAAAGUCUCUAGAAAACGAAGCACCCAAUAAGGAGGAAGACUGUCACUCUCCAACUUCUAAGCCUCCCAAAUCUGAGCAGCCUCUGAAGGUAAUGCCAGCCCCUCCACCAAAGGAGAAUGCUUGGGUGAAGCGAAGUUCUAACCCUCCUGCUCGAUCUCAGAGCUCAGACACAGAGCAGCAGUCCCCUACAAGUGGUGGGGGGAAAGUAGUUCCAGCUCAGCCACCUGAGGAAGGACCAGCGAGGAGAGAUGAAAACAAAGUAGAUGGGGUGAGUGUCCCAAAAGGCCAAAGUGGGAACUCCGGCCGUGGUCCAGGAGAUGGAGGGAACAAAGACCACUGGAAGGAGUCCGAUAGGAAAGAUGGCAAAAAGGAUCAAGACUCCCGAUCUGCACCUGAGCCAAAGAAACCUGAAGAAAAUCCAGCUUCCAAGUUCAGUUCUGCAAGCAAGUAUGCUGCUCUCUCUGUUGAUGGCGAAGAUGAGAACGAGGGAGAUUACACCGAAUAGACCUCUGCAUCCUGUGCUUUUUCCUAGUCUCUCCACCCUGAAACAUUCGAGAGCAAAUCAAACCUCUAUCCAGACAAGACAAUAAAACUCACCAUCUCCUGGA